AUGACAGAAACAGAUUCCUUGUACUUUUACCUACUGAUACCAUUCUUCUGGUUGGGUUUUUGUAUUCUUUGUUCUUCAGUAGCAUUCUGGUGUAUGUUAAUCUUUUCAUCCAACACCAAAAACGAUGUCGAUAAUACAAGCAAUUCUCACUCUCGUCGUCAUAUCAGACAAAAAUCUUCUACCCCAAUCACACCACCACUUAUUUCCCCCUACAAUGACCACAUCCGUCCUCUACUUAAUGCAGUUGACAAACUCAGAAAGCUGAAAACCAUAGAAGAAGGCAUUCAUCUCCCUACAAUUGUUGUAAUAGGCGACCAAUCAUCAGGAAAAUCAAGUGUACUUGAGUCCUUAGCCGGAAUCAGCCUUCCUAGGGGUCAUGGAAUAUGCACCAGGGUCCCACUUAUUAUGUCCCUACAAAACCACACCAACCCAGAACCUGUCUUCUACCUUGAGUACAUGGGUAAAGUCAUGCAGACUGAUGAAACCCAUGUUUCUGAAGCAAUUAACUCUGCUACUCAAGAAAUUACAGGGAAUGGUAAGGGGAUAUCUAAUACUCCAAUAACACUUGUUGUUAGGAAACAAGGUGUUCCUGACUUAACAAUGGUUGAUCUUCCUGGGAUCACUCGUGUACCCGUACGUGGACAACCAGAAAAUGUUUAUGAGCAGAUAAGGGAGAUUAUAAUGGAGUAUAUUACUCCUGAAGAGAGUAUUAUUCUGAAUGUUAUAUCUGCAACUGUUGAUUUUUCGACUUGUGAGUCAAUUAUGAUGUCACAGAGUGUGGAUAAAACUGGGCAGAGGACUCUUGCUGUUGUCACAAAAUCUGAUAAGGCUCCAGAAUGGUUGUUAGAGAAGGUGACGAAUGAUGAUGUUAGUGUUGGUCUAGGGUACGUGUGUGUACGGAACAGGAUAGGGGAGGAAACGUACGAGGAAGCGCGGUUGGAGGAGGCGAGGCUGUUUGGGUCCCACCCCUUGUUGUCGAGGAUUGAUAAGUCGAUUGUGGGAGUACCGAUAUUGUCUCGGAAGUUGGUUCAGAUACAAGCUAACAUCAUCUCCAAGACUUUGCCUAACAUUGUCAAGCAGAUCGAUGAAAAGUUGAAUGUUUAUGUUGCUGAAUUGAACAACAUGCCACGUAAAUUGUCCUCAAAGGAAGAAGCUAUGGUAGUGUUUAUGCAGAUUGUGGGAUCGGUGAAGGACUCCCUAAGGAAGAUUUUAAUCCGAGGAGAGUAUGACAAGUACCCUGAUGAUACGACAAUGCAUUGCACAGCUCGUUUGAAUGAGAUGAUAGGUGGGUUCUUGAAGCUAAUGCAAUCAAAGGAAAAUGAUGUUAAUAAUAAAUCAGGUAAUUUCCUAAUGGAAGAGAUUCGAGUUCUUGAAGAAGCUAAAGGAAUCAGGUUACCGGAUUUCCUUUCCCGCUCGGAUUUUCUCGCUGCAUUGCAGAAGAAAGUGAAGGGAAUAUCUCAAACGCCGGUUAAGUUCGUGACUGAGGUCUGGGGAUACAUUGACGGUGUAGUGAUUUCGGUAGGAAAAGGACAUUCUGAAAAGUACCCACUCCUUCAGAGCUUCAGCAAAAGAGCUGCUAGUAAUCUGAUUUCUAGGAUGAAGGAUCAGUCUGUUGCUCGUGUUAAGGAGAUUGUGCAAAUGGAGAUGUAUUCUGAUUAUACUUGUAAUCCAGAUUACCUAUCUGUUUGGAAUCGGCUUAUGUUGAAUCAAGACAAGUUUAUGAGUAUUGUGGAAGGCAAAGCAGAACUACAUUGGUCUGAUUGGGGUGCGAAGGUGACUGGUAUGGAGCUUGAAGGGUUUGGGAAGGUUGAAUUAGAGCAUUUGAAAGACUACAAGCACUUAGCAAAGCAAGCAUUUGACAUGAAGAUGCGGAUAGAAUCAUAUUGGAGAAUUGUUUUGAAUAGGUUGGUGGAUUCUACGGUUCUUUAUCUGGUGUUUAGUAUUCAAAAUUUGGUAAAUAAGGAAUUGGAGUAUGAGUUUGUGGGCGAAUUGAUGGGUCCUUAUGGAGGAGGCGCAGACAGGAUGCUGGAAGAGUCUCCUGCCGUGGCAAGCAAGAGAGAGAAGCUCAAUAAGAGUAUACAAGUUCUGAAAGAGUGUAAAGAUGUUGUAUCAACAAUCUUGGACAAGAUUGUUGAGUACAAAGAACAAUUUUAG